AUAUACUCCAAAGAUAAUCGUGACAAGUUGUUAAAUAUUAAAGGCUCUGACUUUCUAAAAAUAUGCUCAUUUAUCUUCCAUAAAAACCGUUUUUGUUUCUUCAACACAAACGCUUCCACGCCCUGUUUUGAAAUUCCAAAAAUUUACGCCAAACCUACUCUCUGAAUCCGCAGCUUCCCACCUUUCUCUCGUCUCUUCUCGUCUCUGGGUCCUCCAUUAUCAGCGACUGACCUGAUAAUACAGUUCCUCUCUCCGUUGCUACUUAGUUCGCUCCGCCCACAGAUUGUGAGCACUAUGGGUAAUCUACUUUGCUGUGCACAAAUUGACCAGUCAACUGUGGCUAUCAGGGAAAGAUUUGGCAAGUUUGAUGAAGUGCUUGAUCCAGGUUGCCAUUGCGUACCUUGGUUCCUUGGAAGUCAGGUUUCCGGUUAUCUUUCACUUCGGUUGCAGCAGUUGGAUGUGCGUUGUGAGACCAAGACAAAGGACAAUGUGUUUGUCAAUGUGGUUGCAUCUGUGCAAUACCGUGCCCUGGCAAAUAAGGCAAGUGAUGCUUUCUACAAACUCAGCAACACAAGGACCCAGAUCCAGGCUUAUGUGUUUGAUGUGAUUAGAGCAAGUGUUCCAAAGCUCAAUCUGGAUGAUGCUUUUGAACAAAAGAAUGAAAUUGCCAAGGCUGUGGAAGAUGAACUUGAGAAGGCUAUGUCUGCUUAUGGGUAUGAGAUUGUACAAACACUCAUUGUUGAUAUAGAACCAGAUGAGCAUGUCAAGCGAGCCAUGAAUGAAAUCAAUGCUGCUGCAAGACUGAGGGUUGCGGCUAAUGAGAAGGCUGAGGCUGAGAAAAUUCUACAAAUUAAGCGAGCUGAGGGUGAGGCUGAGGCUAAGUAUCUCUCAGGGCUGGGUAUUGCUCGCCAGCGCCAAGCAAUUGUGGAUGGUUUGAGGGACAGUGUUCUGGGCUUCUCAGUUAAUGUUCCUGGGACCACUGCAAAGGACGUUAUGGACAUGGUCCUUGUCACUCAGUAUUUUGACACCAUGAAAGAAAUUGGUGCUGCUUCUAAAUCUUCUGCGGUGUUCAUCCCCCAUGGUCCUGGCGCUGUUCGUGAUGUAGCUGCACAGAUUCGUGAUGGACUUCUUCAAGCUUCCUCACACGAGUGAUGGUGGGUUUUUAGUGAAAAUGAUCCUUACUUUUCAGUUGUCCUGUGCGGUUUGGUUUACUCAAUAGCAACUAUCUUUUGUGUAUGGUGUACAUAAGAGUUUGAGUGCCUCAGGAGUAUGUGCCACCCAGUAAACACUCAAACUGUUAUCUGUCCUCAGUUCCCAUGCUGAUCCUUGUAGUGUUUAAAUCUUUAUGCUAAUGCUUGUUUGAGUUUUAAAUCAUCAUGCUGGUGCUUCUAUGUUGUGUGUGUAGCAUUCACAAUGAUCAAUCUAAUGAAGAAAAUGUUUCGAA